UCUCAUGUCAUUAGUUGACGUGAAUAUUCAAUGGACCGUUUUCUUUGAAUUUGUCCCAAAAUAGUCAAUUUAACUUAUUUUUCCUAAGUCUUUAUUCUGUAAUUAAAUAGUUCUUACAAGUAUUUCAUAGUAAAAAUGUCCAAAACAUUUUUACUGGAGCCAGAGAUCAUAGCGGCUACUGAAAAUGUAAUGCCAGAUUUGAACAGUGACCUAAUAAAAGCAAAAAACUUUUUAAAACAACAAAGUGCUGCAACUGGAGAUAGUUUGUACGAUCACUUGGUAGAUAUGGUACAAAAAAUUCUGACCCAUAAGCCACCUGAUGUGGUCGAUAACUUCGAGCAAUUCUCGUGGGAGGUUAAAGAAGAGAAAAUGCGGCCUAAUUUUGAUCUUCUUAAUGAUGUAUACCUGACGCCCCCACAGCUAGAACUUAUGAGAAAGAUGGAUGAUAUGUUUAAGUUAGUCGCCAGUAAGUCGCAGAAAAUGGAGGAGGCAGGAGAAGAGGAGCAAGAGUUGGACUUAGAGGAGGAAUCUACUAAGCCGAGAAUUUCCGACGUAAUCGAUCAUAAUUAUUACUUCAGACAGUGUGGCUAUGGGUUGCCAGAAAGCGAAUGCUAUGCUCUCUACAUCGCUUUGAACAUGUUGACGAUAAAAGAACCCGUCGCUACUGUCAGAUUUUUCGGUAAGAUUUUCGGCACUAAUGCAGAUUACUACGUGGCUGAGACAGACCUUACAAUAGAGGAGCUGGACCGCAGGAUCAGAGAGUUCGACAUGAAGGACAUGCCUGGGGAAGGUGAAGGGGAGGGACAGCCUGAAGAACCGGACAACGAAGCUGAGCAACGAAAAGAGAUACUUGGUGAAGGGGAGGAACGGGAGCCGAAAACGAAGGAGCUGAUGCCCCCCAAGCUGCCGCCACUGCCUGUGUCCACGUGGACACCGGAGCCACCCAUACCUGUGGAAAGACCUGGCCAAGGCGUUAACAAGAAGGUGUACUGGGUGUGCACGUCGCUGGGCGCGCCCUGGGUGUGUCUCCCCGACAUCACGCCGCAGCACGUGCGCGUCGCGCGCCUCAACGUGCGCGUCAUGACUGGGGAUCUCGAUGCAGAGAUAUUGAGUUUCCCGCCAUUCGAGGGCACAGAGCGUCACUUCCUGCGCGCGCAGAUCGCCCGCAUCGCGGCCGCUACGUCCAUCUCGCCGCAGGGCUUUUAUACCUUCGGCUCCGGGGAGGAGGAGGAGGACGUCGACAUGGAGGAAGCGGGAGAUAUGAACUACAACCUGAACCCGUUCUACCAGGGGCACACGAUCAAGGAUCUGGUGGACCCCUCGCUGGGCUACUGGGUGCACCACGGCCGUCACAUCCUGCCGCAGGGCAGGACUAUCUGGUGGAACCCUCGCGCUGAGAUGAUGGAUGAGGGUGAAGAGGAAGAAGACGAGAACUUGCCGCUGGUGGAGCCGGAGACGGGUCCAGCGCUGUUCAGCACGGUGUCUGGUGACGCGGCAGUGUGCGGCGCGCCGGCGUGGAGUGCGCACGUCAGCACGACGCUAGUGAGCUCGCGCGCGCUGGCGCUGGUGCGCAGCAAGCUGUGGCCCGGCGCCGUCGCAUACGCUAAUGAUGGCAAGAGGUCGGAGUGCUUGUACGUGGGGUGGGGGCUGAAGACGCAGAUGCCCAACUUCUCCCCGCUGCAGCUGCCGCGGCCGCAGACGGAGUACAUCAUAGGGCCGGAGGUCAUGGAGAUGGCUGAUCCCACAUUCGCUGAUGAGGAGGCGUACCGCAUCGCGCACCUGCCGCCCCCGCCCCCGCAAGAGUUACCAGGGGAAGGGGAGGGCUUCCCCGAGGAAGAGGAAGAAGAAGAAGACUAGACUCUUUCAUGUUAUUUUACAUUCUACGACAAUUUACAUGUUGAUUACGUUUAAAGAUAGUUAUUUUUAAUUGUAAUAUAAAAGUACCAUAA